AAUGACAUGUGUGCAUGACCCACACCGAAUUGUCACAUCAGACAUUACAUAUGUGAAGCCAACAUUCCCCAGGUGGCUGCAGCUGCUGAGACACGUUUGACGCCCACUGCAUCCGCAUUGACAUCAUGCCUCAAGAGGCAUGAUGCUGACACGGAGCCGGCGGGGAUCCGACCUGCCUGAGGAACAGCCGAGGCCCAACAUUACUGUGUCUGGACAGCCCACCAACCCAACAACCCGCCAAAUGUCAUCCUCUCUGUCUGUCUGUCUGUCUGUCUUUCUCUCUCCCUUCACGACAAAACACAAUGCCUACCCAUUCACUCUCACGCCACACCCCCUCCCUCCCCCCCUCCCUCCCUCCCUCCGCUCUAUGAUCAUUCAUGCCUCGUCGCCCAUGUACGAUGGCACGAGCCGCUUCCUCUUCUCCUUGGCGUGGACUAUACCCUCCUUGCGCGAGAAGUGCGUCACGCGGCAUGCGUCGAAUAUGUGUGGCUUGUAGAUGGACCGCCCGCUCAGCAGACGACACACCUCCAACACGCCCUCCGUGAUGGCCGGGUGCGGGUGCAACACCCCCUCCAGGUAACGCACAGAGUCGCCCUGACACCACCAACCACACAAGCGGAUGGAUGGAUGGAUGAAUGGGUGGAUGGAUGGAUGGAUGGAUGCUCUCUCCCUCCCUUGAUUGAUCGCGCACCUGGGCAAUGAGGAGUGCGGCCGAUUGGAUGACGGCGGACGCAUCGACACCGACAGCGCGCAUGCCGAGGAGUUUUUUGUAGUCGUCGUCGGUGACGAUCAUCUUGACGAAGCCGCACCGGUCGGGGUCGACGCGGCCAGUGUCGUGUGACAGGUUCCUGGGUGGGGACGGAGGGUGCAUGUGUGUGCUGUGUGUGGGUGUGUCGAGUGUUGAGUGACGUACCAGUCGAUGACGGCUCUGUUGACCACAUCGAGUCGAAGAGUGGCCACCUUGUGCGCUAUCUGCCGACGACGCGCCUCUGUACAGGUACAGGGACAGAGAAAGCAUCUGUAUAUGUAUGUUGCUGUGUGUCGCAUACACACCACUUUCAUUCAUGCCGACGCACGCCACUUCUGGUCUCAGAAACAUGAUACUCGACACGUUGUGGUAGUUGAGGGGCGUGGCGGGGUUCUUGUGGCCAAACAUCAUCUCCACCGCAUACCUAACAUAUACACAUUUACCCCCAUCGACACACACGUGUCUGCCUGUUUGUCUGGCUCAUCUCUCUCACCGUGCCUCCAUUUCCGCCACACUCACGAGGCCCACGUCAACCGUCACAUCGCCUGCAGCACUGAUGUGCGGCGCCCCCGCCACAGCCAGGCUCUUCUUCUCCACCUCCAGUGCUCCCCCAGAGCCUAGCGUGACGCCCGCUUUCUCGAGAGCUGACACCCGUCCACACACAACACACGUGUCUGUAUGGACCUGUACGGGUGGUUGUGGAGCUGUCUAGGUAUGUGUGGCUACCGAGGGUGUCGGUGUUUGGCACUCUCCCGACGCUGAGAAGGACCUUGUCGACGCGUAUUUUCUUCUCCUCGAUGAACUCCUGUGUUUGUGGCUGUGCCUGUGGCUGGUCAUCACUGGGGGAGGGGGGCAGCACCCCGAUGGUCACCUCGACCUCUUGUUUGGCCUCGUCGAUAUCCACACCUGCCGGGCGAAGAGAUCGGCGUUUGGAUGUGUGUGGGUGUGGGUGUGAAUGGCUAGCCGGGUGGAUGGUUGUACCUAUGACUUUGACGUUGUUGUGUAUGUGCACGCCCCCCAUGGCGAAGUUGGAAGUGAUAAACGCCGCCAAAUCCUCAUCCUCCUGCCCGAUUCAGCACACACACGCACAUCCAGGUGCGCAGAAAAAAGGUCUGUACACACCACCCUCCCCACCUGCGGGAGCAGCCUCGGUCUUCUCUCGUUGAUGAGGUGGACUUGAGAGAAGCCGAAGUUGCCAAAUAUGGCGGCGAACUCACAGCCGAUCACACCCGCACCAAUUAUCAUCAACCUGAGGCACCACAUAAACACAUACAUCCACCCCCACAUUACGGUGCGAACACUUGCAUCUGUGCGUAUGGCUAUCCCUCCCUCCCUCUUUCUCUUGCUCACCGUUUCGGGAACUGGUCGAAUGAGAGCAGGUGGUCAGAUGUGACGACAUACUUGCCGUAAACAGGGAUGGACGGCAGCUCCCGCGGCCGACUCCCGGUCGCUAUGAGGAAGUGCUCUGCCUCAAUGACCCCCUCGUGCCCUUCCGGCCCCCUCACCCCCAGCCGAUGUUUAUCGAGAAAUUUGGCGUCGGCCACCUCCUGCCAGUCGACCAUGCCUCCGCCGCCGUCCUCCCUGGCACUGUAGCGCAUCCUCUUGCUGAGGCCCGCCAGGUGCAUCUCGAAGUGGUGCCGCUUGAAGUCUACCGACUCGCCCACAGACGUCUUGAUGUGCUGAUAUGUCCGCGCUGAACGAUUGAGGGAAACAGAGGAAACGUGUGCCUAUGCCGCAUGCGGCGUUGUUUGGCACGUACUUGAUUCUGCGUCUUGCACAUCGGGGUGGUAUCUCUUGUUGAUGCUCUGCAGGUGUCGGAAUUGCCGCGACAGUUGCCACAUGACCUUGCUCGACAAAGCACCAGCAGCAAGACUCGCCCCGCCGAGCGGGCCCUUGUUCACCAGACACACCUGGAUGGAUCAAUGAAUGACAAACAACCAAACCACAGUCGUCGGCACAUCAUGACCUGGCUGACACUGACCUUUCUGCCAAAGUCCCAUGCUCUCACAGCAGCGGCGAACCCAGCAGCCCCGCCGCCCACGAUGCAGAGGUCGUAUCGACUGCCUGCAGCAGUGGCCUCUGAAGCAGCGGUGGACGCGGAUGAUGACAGCAGCCGACGAAAGAUAGGCGAUUUCAUCUCUGAGUGUGAGAUGUCAGUGGCUCCACACACAAUGUGUCACUCGCGUCGAGUGUCCACGCCUUGCGAUCCUUGAGGUCCUCAGGCUCU